CCCCAGGUUGUAAAUUAAAUCAGCGCAAAGGUAGAAAUGAACACAGAGCUCUCAGACUGGAAGCUGUCCAAACAGCUGCAUGGAGCAGGGGCACAGCCCACUGUCUUUCAAAGCCUCAACCAGGGCUGUCGCAUCUCAGACACUUGGCAGUUACUGGAAAGUCAUGUUAGGCUUUCCUGUUGAUUCUUUAUCUUGUGGAGGAGUUGCACAGUCAAUGCCUUGUUCAAGAUUAAUCAUUUUCCCUGUUGCCUAUAACUGAGGCUGUUUCUCACGUCCUGCCCCUGGUUUUGCCUGUCCCAAGGAUUUCGUCUGAAGGGCGGGACAUUACCCCUGCCUCUUCGCACCACAGCCAGAGCCUGCCAUUAGGACCAAUGAAAGCAAAGUACCUCAUCCACUCAGUGACUAAGAAUUGCAGUAUUUAAGAGGUAGCAGGAAUGGGCUGAGAGUGGUGUUUGGUUUCUCCACCAGAAGGGCACACUUUCAUCUAAUUUGGGGUAUCACUGAGCUGAAGACAAAGAGAAAGGGGAGAAAACCUAGCAGACCACCAUGUGCUACGGGAAGUGUGCACGAUGCAUCGGACAUUCUCUGGUGGGGCUCGCCCUCCUGUGCAUUAUAGCUAAUAUUUUGCUUUACUUUCCCAAUGGGGAAACAAAGUAUGCCUCCGAAAACCACCUCAGCCGCUUCGUGUGGUUCUUUUCUGGCAUCGUAGGAGGGGGCCUGCUGAUGCUCCUGCCAGCAUUUGUCUUCACUGGGCUGGAACAGGAUGACUGCUGUGGCUGCUGUGGCCAUGAAAACUGUGGCAAACGAUGUGCGAUGCUUUCUUCUGUACUGGCUGCUCUCAUUGGAAUUGCAGGAUCUGGCUACUGUGUCAUUGUGGCAGCCCUCGGCUUGGCAGAAGGACCACUAUGUCUUGAUUCCUUCGGCCAGUGGAACUACACCUUUGCCAGCACCGAGGGCCAGUACCUUCUGGAUACCUCCACAUGGUCCCAGUGCACUGAACCCAAGCACAUUGUGGAAUGGAAUGUAUCUCUGUUUUCUAUCCUCUUGGCUCUUGGUGGAAUUGAAUUCAUCUUGUGUCUUAUUCAAGUAAUAAAUGGAGUGCUUGGAGGCAUAUGUGGCUUUUGCUGCUCUCGCCAACAGGUAAGAACCUGCAUAAUAAUCAAUAUGACUGCUAAAAGAACCACCCCAGGACAGAGUCACAAUCUUCCUCUAUUUCAUUGUAAUUUAUAUAUUUUACUUGUAUUCAUUUGUAAAACAUUGUACUGGUGUAACAUACUCCUCAUAUUCUACUUUUACAAAGGCCUGUAAAGACUGGCAUCUUCACAGGAUGUCAGUGUUUACAUUUAGUAAACCUAUGUGUUUUUUUAAGGAAUGAGGAAACAAACCACCCUCUGGGGGUAAUUUACAGACUGAGUGAGAGUCCUCAGUAUAUCUGAGAUAAACUCUAUAAUGUUUUGGAUAAAAAUAACAUUCCAAUCACUAUUGUAUAUAUGUGCAUGUAUUUUUUAAAUUAAAGAUGUCUAGUUGCUUUUUAUGAGACCAAGAGGGAGAAAAUCCGACAACCUGGAAAGAUCUUUGUUUUCACUGCUUGUAUGAUGUUUCCCAUUCAUACACCUAUAAAUCUCUAACAAGAGGCCCUUUGAAUUGCCUUGUGUUCUGUGAGAAACAAAUAUUUACUUAGAGCGGAAGGACUGAUUGAGAAUGUUCCAAUCCAAAUGAAUGCAUCAAAACUUACAAUGCUGCUAGUUGUUGUGAGUACUAUGAGAUUCAAAUUUUUCCAACAUAUGGAAAGCCUUUUGUCCUCCAAGGACGAGCACUAGGGAUCACGUGUUUAAAAAAAGAAAGGCUGAGAUGACUGGGCCAGAAGAAAGAUGGGAAACUGAAUAAAGCAGUUGAUCAGCGUCAUAGAAACGGGGGAGGAGUGAGGGCAGGAGGACUACGAGGAAAUACCUUCAAAACUAACUUGUUUACAACAAAAUAAAGUAUUCACUACCA